AUGUCAGAGGCAGGAUCCUGUGAGCACCUUGAAGAGACUUUUCAGGAAACAGAGGAGACUCUAGAUCAGGAGGCCACUCUUGCAACUAACACUUCUUCCUCUCCUGACAAGACCAUCAUGUCUUCACCACUUACUGCAGGAGAUGAUUUUAAGCAAUUUCAGGAUAUGUUUAAAAAAAUUGCAGACAUGCUCCAAAUUCCCUUGGAAGAGGUUGCUGAGUCCCAACACAAGUUGUUGGCCAUACUGCACACGCUAGCAGAAGCCAAUUGUCAGACAGUAGCUGACAGAUUCAUUGUACAGUUCAAGUUAGAGUGGGCCCAACACUUUUUCCUUGCAACUCAGGAUGCCUUCGAGGCACAACCAGAAUUUUCCCAAGGAGCAGAUGGAAGGGGAGAAUCCCUCUCCGGUAAGGCAACUGUCCUGGGCACAGCUGGGCUUGAUAAACAGCUCACAGAGGAUGGAGUCAGCUGCAGGCAGUAUAACAGCCUCUUGUGGUUACAUGACAGUUUUCUGACAAUGAAAACCUGCCUUCUGAUUUCACCAGAGGUGCCACCCCUGGACAUGUUGCUCUUAGGAAGCAGAAGCACAGUUGGUCCAGCUGGAAAAGGCAAUUGUAAACACCAUAUUCAACUCAGUCUGGGGCAGAGUCGAUCAAACACAAAGGAAUUUUAUAUUUCCUGCCUCAUAUGAAUAAAGAGAAAGACUGGAGGUCAGUAAAGAUGUCACAGAACUGUUGCAAGAUAGAUUGGUGGGAAGUGUGGACAGCUCUCCCCAUGUUGGAGGGAGAUCAGAUUUAUUAAUUCCAUACUCUAGUCCCUCCUUGAGAGAGAGCGAACGACUGAGAAUGAAAUUCUAUGUAAAGCAGGAACAGAAGCAAGAUCAUUAUUUGUCAUAUUGAGCUAGCUAU